UGUGUGCCGGCGCGGCCGCGGGCCGGGAGCCGCGGAGCGGGCGGUGGCGGCGGGGCAGCGGGCGGAGCAGAGUGAAACGAAACGAAACGAGCUGAACCGGGAGGCGCGCGGCUACCUCGGACGCACAGCCCGCAGCGGUGUCCAUCGGGAGCGGAGCCCAACCGAGCCGCGGGGAGGAUCGCGCAGUAAUUGGAUUUUGAAAGUUAUUUAAGCCCUGAAGUAAAAUACACGGCUCAGCCGGGCGCGGUAAUAAUCCAUUUAGCCGUAACCUAAAUCCCCGGGACCGUGCAGUCGUGCAGGGAGCAGUGCCUCCGCCUCGCCGCCGCCGCGGGACCCUGCGCGGAGCUGGCCAGAGCGUCGCUGGGCUACACGCGCGUCUCCUGUUUCGCUGCCGCCGCCGCCGCCGCUGCUGCCUUCUCCGGGGAGAGCAGCUCCGGAAACUUUCGCCUAGAGUAGCGCCGCCACCGCUCUGUAAGCGCCGCCGCGUCGGAGCCGAGGAAAAAAGUCGUGCAGGUCCGGCGCUCAGCCGUGUUCCUCCCGUCGCCGCGCUCCUGCCCCACCGAAGGGGCCCCGCCUCCGCCCUCUGGUUGCUGAUGCCCCUGGGGUGUCGCGCCGGCCGGCUCUGAAAGACUCCCCGAGCCUCCUCAGGCCCCCGGCCGCCCCAGUAAUGCAGGCUGGAGGAGAAUGCGGCGGAGCGGCUGCCGCCGGCUGCCCCUUGCUGGGGCUGGCCGCGCUGCUGGCUGCCCUGCUGGGGACCCCCGCGGGUGCCACAGCACAGCAGUACCACGGCGAGAAGGGCAUCUCAGUGCCGGACCACGGUUUCUGCCAGCCCAUCUCCAUCCCUCUCUGCACGGAUAUCGCCUACAACCAGACCAUCCUGCCCAACCUGCUGGGCCACACCAACCAGGAGGACGCAGGGCUGGAGGUGCACCAGUUCUACCCGCUGGUCAAGGUGCAGUGCUCGCCCGAGCUGAAGUUCUUCCUCUGCUCCAUGUACGCGCCGGUCUGCACCGUGCUGGAGCAGGCCAUCCCACCCUGCCGCUCCCUCUGCGAGCGGGCCCGUCAGGGCUGUGAGGCCCUCAUGAACAAGUUCGGCUUCCAGUGGCCAGAGCGGCUUCGCUGCGAGAACUUCCCUGUUCACGGUGCGGGUGAGAUCUGCGUGGGGCAGAACACGUCGGAUGCCCCACCAGGACCUGGUGGUGCGGCAGGUCGGGGGGUCACUGCCCACCCCACAGCUGGCUACCUCCCUGACUUUCUUACCCCACCGCAGCCACCCUCUGGCUUCUCCUUCUCUUGUCCGCGGCAGCUCAAAGUGCCCUCUUACUUGGGCUACCGGUUCCUGGGGGAGCGGGACUGUGGAGCCCCCUGUGAGCCAGCCCGGCCCAAUGGGCUCAUGUACUUCAAGGAGGCAGAAGUGCGAUUUGCCCGGCUGUGGGUGGGCGUGUGGUCUGUGCUUUGCUGUGCCUCCACCCUCUUCACCGUACUCACCUACCUGGUAGACAUGCGUCGUUUCAGCUACCCGGAGAGGCCCAUCAUCUUCCUCUCAGGCUGCUACUUCAUGGUCGCCGUGGCCUACGCAGCAGGCUUUUUGCUGGAGGAGCGGGUGGUGUGUCUAGAGCGCUUCUCUGAGGAUGGUUACCGCACUGUGGCCCAAGGCACCAAGAAAGAAGGCUGCACCAUCCUCUUCAUGAUCCUUUACUUCUUCGGUAUGGCCAGCUCCAUCUGGUGGGUCAUCCUGUCCCUCACCUGGUUCCUGGCUGCUGGCAUGAAGUGGGGUCAUGAGGCCAUUGAGGCCAACUCCCAGUAUUUUCAUCUGGCUGCCUGGGCUGUGCCUGCUGUCAAAACCAUCACCAUCUUGGCCAUGGGGCAGGUGGAUGGGGAUGUACUCAGUGGGGUUUGUUAUGUAGGUAUCUAUAGUGUGGACUCGCUGAGGGGCUUUGUGCUGGCACCGUUGUUCGUGUAUCUCUUCAUUGGCACUUCCUUCUUGCUGGCUGGCUUUGUGUCCUUGUUUCGUAUCCGCACCAUCAUGAAGCAUGAUGGCACCAAGACGGAGAAACUAGAGAAGCUGAUGGUGCGCAUUGGUGUCUUCAGUGUCCUCUACACAGUGCCUGCCACCAUUGUCUUGGCGUGUUACUUCUACGAGCAGGCCUUCCGUGGCACCUGGGAGAAGACGUGGCUCCUCCAGACCUGCAAAACGUAUGCUGUGCCCUGUCCCAGCCACUUUGCCCCUAUGAGCCCAGACUUCACUGUCUUCAUGAUCAAGUACCUCAUGACCAUGAUUGUUGGGAUCACGACUGGCUUCUGGAUUUGGUCUGGCAAAACCCUUCAGUCCUGGCGACGCUUCUACCACAGACUCAGUACCGGCAGCAAAGGCGAGACGGCGGUAUGAGACCCCCCUGUCCCCUCUGGCACACACACUCUCACACAAGCAUACACGCAGAGGAGACGGAUACUCAGCAUAGGGGUAGGGCAAUGGCUCCCUGAAGUGGGAGGAAGGAAGGCUUUUCCAAACUUUUUCUUCCUCACAGAAAGUUUGAAAAAAAAAAAAAUCAUUGCAUAAAUGAUCAGUCAAACCAUGUCCAGUGGUGCUUAUGACCAGCUAAGUGGGAGAGGACAGAAAAAGAGGCAACUGCUGGGACAGGAGUCCUUCACGCAGAAAUCUCCUUACUUCUCUCCUGCUGCUCCUCGAGGAAGAGAAAUUCCAACCCAACUAAAAUCAUCCUGCCUUCCUUUGGACAAGAGGGAGGGGAAGCCAGAUCUGUUGAGCCACCCCUGCCAAGAAGUAGCCAAAAGCUCUUUGAAUUGCCGGGGCCAAACUGCAGCAUGGGCAGGGUAACUCCCGAGCCUGAGCUCGCUGCCUGCUCCUUCCAGCUCGGCAGAGCCAUCACGUGAGUACUGCACAGCCGGCUACAGCCUGCUCGUGUGCUGGGGAGAUGCCUCUGUUCUAUCAGCUCACAAGAUCCUUUUUACCUCAGCGAUACCUCUAAUUGUUGUAAUUGUUUUUAAGUAAAAAAUUGGCUCUCAGUCUGUUGUUCUUGCUGCUGUGGGGAAGGAGGGGGUUGCUAUUCCACACCCUGAAAAGAAAUGACUUGUUGCUUUUCAGCAGAAGGCUUUUCCCCGUUGCCUUUGUUCUAGGAGACAAAGGGGGAAACAAAAGUGUUUUCUAUGUAGAAAGGCAUAAGCAUGGGAUCGGUUUUUAUGGGCAAACUAACAAAAAGAAGUCGUUGAGGUUCACCCUUGGAUAUGAGAAGCUCACAGAAAUAAACAUUCCUUUUAUGAAAAAAGGCGGAGGCAGGAUGUUUUCCUACCGUUCAACAUGGGUCACUUUUCUAAGCUGAAGGAAAUGCAAGAUUUAGAGGGCAAGAAGAGCUUACCUGAGAGCACCUGCCAAAACAAGAGCCACUAAAAUAUGUAAUGUAAAGAUAGGAUUUUUUUCUUUCCUUCCCAUAAACCUGCUUCCUCUCCUGCUUUGCAGUGAGCUCACUGCAGAAAAAAAUCAAUACGCAGCCGGAUUCUGGGGACAGGAGGAAUCGUUUUGGCUCACGAUGGACCCUUUGCCUGCUCCUCAGAUUCCCUGAGCUGCAUGGCAAUGAUUCUUGGUGCAGGUGGGAGGCUGGGGUUGGGGUUUAAAAUCAAGUAGUUACUGAAGUGAGGAGCCUCCUCAUUUUGGCUAAAACACAGCUGUUUGAGUUUCCAGUGAUCAAUCUUUGAAGGAAAAGCAUUCAAAAAUUUAUCAUCAAAUGCAUUGUUUUCUUUUUGAAAUGUGACAGAUUUUUCUAUUCUGAAAAUUUUUAUGUUGACUUGUUCAUAUUUUAUUUUUUGCAUACUACUUUACCUUUAUAUUCACUGAAGGGUUGUUUUUAUAAGUAUAUAUGUGUGUGUGUAUUCUUGCCUAAGGACAAAAUAGGACAUUCUGGAUUUUUGGCAAGUCUCCACCCUAUAGCUGCUCUUCAUGUUUUUGGGGGAGAAGUAUCUAGAAUUAAACUUUAAAAAGAAAAAACCUGUCCAGGGUGAGGGGGCAGACUGCUGCUGUCUGAGGGUGUACCAGUAGUCUGAGCAUGAGGAAUGGGCCCAUCAGCUAAAUCCUUCAGUAGCUCUGAUGUCAGACUUGCAGGGCUUGGUUUGUCUUUUAUAAUGUGCACGUGGAAGAAAAAAAACAAGCGUGUGAGACAAGUGCAGUAUGUAUAUUUUGUAAAUCUCAUUUUUGUAAGAAAAUAUGUAUUUAUGUUUUUACUUGAUUUUUUUUGAAGGUCUGUAUGAGGCCCUGCUUCACCCCAUGUACAGAUCACUAAAUAAAUAAUUUUUAAUACAA